GAGGAAAUGAGAGCCGACCGAUAUCCUCGCCGGCUAUUGACGAUGGGGCAUCAUCAAAAUCGCUCUGGUGAGAAAUUUUCUGGGUUUUGUGAGAAGAAGAACGAAGAGGAAAGGGGAAAAAAGACCGAAGAAGAAGAGAGAGGGGGAGAGACGGAUAGAGAGAGACGACGGGAAUAAAAAAGAAAAGAAAAGAAAAUCAAUUCACUCCAGUCUCAACGUUUUCUCUCCAAUUCGGAGGGGAGGGUUAAACAGUGUGUUUUCCCUCCCCUUUCCUUUCCUCCCACAGCUUUCCUUUCUUUGCAAACGGGGGAAAAUGUUUGGGGAUUCCAACUUUCCCUCUGCUUUUUCCUUUUCCCUCCUUUUCCGC